AUGGCAUCGACUUACAUGGGCGGCACAUCCAUGCAGCCUGGAACCCUCCCCGGCAUCACUCCAGAUAUAUCGACGCAUCAACAAACAGUCACUAGACCUCACGAAAGCCCUCAUACACACACGGAUUCAACGAUAGCCUCAACUACCAGGAAAGGCUCACCAAACGAACCCACCUCGGCACUUAACAAAGACGCAACACCAUACCACACCAGCACAGAAGAUGGCGAAGACUCCGAAGCAGAACGACGAGAAAGCAUCGUCCGCAACCUAGCCCGGCAGUACACAAACCAGAGCCAGCUAUCCACCAUCAGCGGCAACCCUUUCACCGCCGACGAAAACAGCCCUCUCAACCCACGAAGCAGCAAGUUCAGAGCCCUGGCGUGGGCAAAGUCCAUCUCCAAAAUGCACAGCGAAACAGGUUUCACAAACCGCAAGGCUGGCGUUUGCUACCAGAACCUCAAUGUAUUUGGCUACGGCCAGGCUACAGACUUCCAGAAAAAUGUGGCCAACAUCUGGCUGGAGGUUGCGUCGUGGCCGAGACAGCUGAUGGGUUAUGGAAAGACGCGCAUUGAUAUCAUCAGGGAUUUUGACGGUGUUGUGAAGAACGGUGAGAUGUUGGUGGUGCUGGGACCGCCUGGGUCUGGAUGUUCGACGUUUCUCAAAACGAUAUCGGGGGAGACUAAUGGGAUUUAUAUUGGCGAAGAUGCAUACUUCAACUACAGGGGCAUCUCGGCUCGUGAGAUGCAUACUCGUCAUCGCGGAGAAGCCAUCUACACCGCAGAAGUCGACGUCCACUUCCCCCAUCUCACCGUCGGCGACACCCUCACCUUCGCAGCCCACGCCAGAGCCCCAAGAGACAUUCCAGCAGGCGUUGACCGCCAAACCUUCAUCUCACAUUCCCGUGACGUCGUAAUGGCCAUGUUCGGCAUCAGCCACACCUUCAACACCAAAGUCGGCAACGAAUAUGUCCGCGGCGUGUCAGGCGGCGAACGAAAACGCGUGACUAUCGCAGAAGCCUCACUCAGCGGCGCCCCGUUACAAUGCUGGGAUAACAGCACGCGAGGUCUCGACUCUGCUAACGCUGUGGAAUUCUGCAAGACGCUGCGUCUUCAAACGGAGAUGUCUGAUACUGCGGCUCUGGUUUCUAUAUAUCAAGCCCCACAAGCUGCGUACGAUAUCUUCGACAAAGCCUUAGUCUUAUACGAAGGCCGUCAGAUCUACUUUGGUGCAGCCAAGACAGCAAAGCAAUAUUUCAUUGAUCUGGGCUUCGAAUGCCCAGCUCGUCAGACCGUCCCAGACUUCCUAACAUCAAUGACAAGCCCCCAAGAGCGAGUUAUCCGCAAGGGCUUUGGAGACCGUGCUCCACGAACCCCUGACGAAUUCGCCGCAGCCUGGAAAGCCUCCCUCGCCAACGCCCAGCUUCAGCGCGAAAUACAAGACUACAAAAACGACUUUCCUAUCAACGGUCCUGAAGCAGAAGAGUUUAGAGCGAACAGGCGUGCGGCGCAGGCUAAGAGCCAGCGGAAGAACAGUCCCUACACGUUAAGUUACUGGCAGCAGACCAACCUUUGCGUGUGGAGAGGCUUCAAGAGGUUGAUCACAGACCCGACUAUAACUCUGACGCAGCUCUUUGGGAAUGUCAUCAUGGCUCUGAUUGUGGGGAGUAUUUUCUAUAAUCUUGAUCAGACGACGGCGAGCUUUUACCAGAGAGGUGCUUUACUCUUCGUAGGAUGUCUGAUGAGUGCGUUUGCGAGUGCUCUAGAAAUUCUCACACUAUAUGCACAGCGGCCUAUCGUUGAAAAGCAUGCUCGCUACGCACUAUACCACCCAUCGUCCGAAGCCGUGGCAUCUAUGCUCUGCGAUCUACCAUACAAGAUCCUCAACGCCAUCUUUUUCAACCUCACAUUAUACUUCAUGACCAACCUCCGCAGGGAGCCGGGUGCUUUCUUCUUCUUCCUUUUCGUCACCUUCCUCGUUACGAUCUGCAUGUCUAUGAUCUUCAGAACGAUUGCUUCGGCAUCUCGGACACUCUCGCAAGCCAUGGUUCCUACUGCUAUCCUGAUCCUGGCCAUGGUUACUUUCACGGGGUUUAUUAUCCAGAUUGAUUAUAUGUUAGGUUGGUGCCGAUGGAUUAACUACGUCAACCCCCUCGGCUACGCUUUCGAAUCACUCAUGGUCAAUGAAUUCCACAAUCGGCAGUUCCAGUGCAAUCAGUUCGUCCCAGCUUAUCCAAACGUAGAUUCCGCGAAUCGCGUCUGUUCAGCAGUUGGAUCCGUCCAGGGAGACCCUAUGGUCGAAGGAGACGCAUACAUCAAUCUUUCCUUCUCCUACUUCCAUGCUCACAAAUGGCGAAACAUCGGUAUUGUGUUCGCAUUUACUAUUUUCUUCACUUGCACAUAUAUGUUUCUUGCCGAGACAGUCAGCGCCAAAAAGUCAAAGGGAGAAGUCCUUGUCUUCCGUCGGGGACACAGGCUUGCAAAUCAAAAGAAUGACGCCGAGUCCAGCCCGGCAGGUCGCCAAACUGUCACGGAAAAGGAGGGCUAUGGAGAAGGACAUCUGUCAAACUUCAAAUCAACCAGUGUCUUCCACUGGAACAACGUCUGCUAUGAUGUCAAGAUCAAGAGUGAGAACAGGCGAAUUCUUGAUAACAUUGCUGGCUGGGUCAAGCCAGGUACAAUGACAGCUCUAAUGGGCGUUUCUGGAGCAGGCAAAACAACUCUCCUCGACUGUCUUGCCGACCGUACAAGUAUGGGCGUCAUCCAUGGAGAGAUCCUCGUCGACGACAAACUCCGCGACGCAUCCUUCCAGAGAAAAACAGGCUACGUCCAGCAACAAGACCUUCACCUCUCCACAACAACCGUCCGCGAAGCCCUCAACUUCUCAGCCAUAAUGCGCCAGCCAAAACACGUCCCCGUCAAAGAAAAGAUCGCGUACGUCGAUGAGGUUAUCAAAAUGCUCGACAUGCAGGACUAUUCCGAGGCAGUCGUCGGAGUCCUCGGCGAGGGGUUAAACGUCGAACAACGAAAGCGUUUAACUAUCGGCGUUGAACUAGCUGCCAGGCCGCCUGUCCUGCUCUUCGUGGAUGAACCAACAUCAGGUUUAGACUCACAGACAUCAUGGGCUAUUCUCGACCUUCUCGAAAAGCUCGCCCGCAGCGGACAGGCUAUCCUCUGCACGAUCCACCAACCCUCAGCGAUCCUUUUCCAACGAUUCGAUCGAUUGUUAUUUCUCGCCAGCGGUGGCAAAACGGUGUACUUCGGAGACGUAGGCGAGCAUUCUCGCGCCAUGACGAGCUAUUUCGAAAGACACGGUGCACAACCCUGUCCGCUUGACGCCAACCCAGCAGAAUGGAUGCUCGAAGUCAUCGGUGCAGCACCAGGUUCCGAGACGGACCUCGACUGGCCGCAGAUCUGGAAAGACUCAUCUGAGUUUGCUGCUACACAGGAACAUCUCCAAGAGCUUUCUCACAACGUUGUUGAGAAGGCUCAGGACGAAGAUCCGCACUUGUACGAUGAGUUUGCUGCUACGUUUACGACGCAGCUGAAAUAUGUCACGAAACGUGUUUUCGAACAAUACUGGCGGACACCUUCGUAUAUCUACUCAAAGACCGCAUUAUGCACCUUGAUCGCGCUAUUUAUCGGGUUCGCAUUCUAUCAAGCGCCUAACACGGCACUUGGGCUGCAGAAUCAGAUGUAUGCCAUUUUCCAGGUUUUGACUGUCUUCGGACAGCUCACGCAACAACAGAUGCCAUAUUUCAUAACACAAAGAGAUCUGUACGAAGUCAGAGAACGACCUUCCAAAACAUACGGCUGGAAGGUUUUCAUGCUAAGUCAAAUCAUCGUCGAAAUCCCGUGGAACACCCUCAUGGCUGCACUUAUGUACUUCUGUUGGUACUAUCCCAUCGGGCUAUAUCGCAAUGCCGAACCCACCGAUGCCGUCGCCGAGCGCGGAGCUCUCAUGUUUCUCUUAUUCCUGGCUUUCAUGCUGUUUACCUGCACCUUUACAAAUCUCGUUAUCGCAGGCUGCGACUCAGCCGAAACAGGAGGAAACCUCGCCAACCUCCUCUUCAUGAUGUGUCUCAUGUUCUGUGGUGUACUCGCACCGCCUGAUAGUUUCCCGCGUUUCUGGAUCUUCAUGUACCGCAUCAGUCCGUUCACAUACCUGGUAUCAGCCAUAUUAUCGACAGCCGUAGCAAACACAAAUGCAGUAUGUGCGCAGAACGAGUACGUCACGUUUCCUCCGCCUUCGGGAAUGACGUGCGGUAAGUACAUGCAAGAAUAUAUAGACCAGGCUGGGGGGUAUCUUCUCGACAAAGAGGCAAACAGUACCUGUAGGUACUGUACUAUUGGCGACACCAAUGUAUUUCUUGCUGGGGUCAAGUCUCACUAUGGUGAUCGGUGGAGGAACUUUGGAUUGCUGUGGGUUUACAUCAUCUUUAACAUCUUUGCGGCUUUGGCAUUAUAUUGGCUUUUGCGGGUGCCGAAGAAUAAAGGGAAGAAGGAAAAGAAGGAGUAA